AUGGAUUUGAGCAAGACCAUCGCGUCCACCUUGUCAGCGGAUGCGAACAUUCGCCAACAGGCUGAAUUGGCCCUCAAGCAGGCUGAGCAGCAUCAUGGCUUUAUCGGCGCUCUUCUCGACAACUUGCAGACCGAACAAGAUCCUGGUGUGCGCCUCUCGACCGCCAUCUACCUGAAAAACCGAAUAUCGCGGGGUUGGAGCACGGAGAACACACCGCAUCAUCCCAUCUCUGAAGCCGAACGAAAACCCUUCAAAGAUCGACUUCUGCCGGUCCUUUCCACUUCCCCUCCUCCCGUGCGAGCACAGCUCAUUCCUAUCCUACAAACCGUCCUGCAGUACGACUUCCCAGCCAAAUGGCCAGAGUUGAUGGAGAUAACCCUUCAACUAUUGAACACUCAAGAUGUGAAUUCGGUAUAUGCGGGCCUUCAAUGUUUAUUGGCUGUGUGCCGGACGUAUCGUUUCCGUGCCGGUGAAGAGAGGGCAAACUUGGACAAAGUGGUCAACGUCGGCUUCCCGACCUUGUUAGGCAUCGCAAAUAGACUCGUCAACGAGUCGAGUCCCGAGGCCGGAGAGAUGUUGAGGAUAUGUGUAAAAUGCUUCAAACAUGCCGUCUAUUAUGGUCUCCCACAACCUCUGCAGUCGCACCAGGCCACAGUCGAUUGGUGCACCCUGUUCUUGACCAUCAUUUCCAAGGGACCUCCCGAGUCAGCAUUGGACGAGGAUGUGGAAGAUCGGGAGCGAAACCACUGGUGGAAGGCACGAAAAUGGUCAUAUGCAAACCUCAACCGGCUAUUCGUCAGAUACGGCAAUCCUUCUGGUCUGACGACCUCCCAAGAGAAGGAAUACGGUGACUAUGCCAGAAACUUCAUCACGCACUUUGCCCCCGAAAUGCUCAAGGUCUAUCUGGGGGAGAUAGAGAAAUGGGUGGGUGGAAAUCACUGGCUGAGCAAACCAUCACUGUCAUAUACUUUGAUCUUCUUGGAGGAGUGCGUAAAGCCGAAAGCAAUGUGGGACAAGCUUAAGCCACACAUGGACAGCUUGAUCAAGCAUCUGAUCUUCCCCGUCCUGUGCCAGUCAGAUGAAGACUUGGAACUGUUCACAGAUAAUCCUCCCGACUAUCUCCACCGCAAACUCAACUUCUAUGAAGAAGUAUCGGCCCCGGACAUGGCGGCUACCAAUUUCCUGAUUGCUUUGACCAAGUCGCGAAAACAACAGACCUAUGUAAUCCUCUCAUAUGUCAACGAGGUGGUCACACGGUACGAGGCUGCUCCUGAUGACCAGAAGAAUCCACGGGAAAAGGAGGGCGCUCUUCGAAUGAUCGGCUCGCUUGCCUCGGUCAUAUUGGGCAAAAAGAGUCCCAUUGCGGACCAGGUUGAAUACUUCUUUGUCCGGCAUGUCUUCCCCGAGUUCAGAUCUCCACAUGGCUUUCUCCGAGCUAGAGCUUGUGAGACUAUGGAGCGAUUCGAGCAACUGGAUUUCAAGGAUCCGAACAAUCUAAUGGUGAUAUACCGCAAUAUCCUCGAGUCGAUGGCUGAUCCCGAAUUGCCAGUCCGGGUCAUGGCCGCGCUUGCUCUGCAGCCCCUGAUCAGGCACGAUCCAAUCCGCAUCGCAAUGCAAUCGAACAUUCCGCAAAUAAUGCACCAACUCUUAAAGUUGAUGAACGAAGUCGACGUGGACGCUCUGUCAAACGUGAUGGAGGAUUUUGUCGAAGUAUUUGCCGAACAACUGACCCCAUUUGCCGUUGCGUUAAGCGAGAAUCUGAGAGACACCUACCUCCGAAUCAUCAAAGAGAUACUCGAGCGCAAUGAAGCCAAGGCAGCUGAGAGCGGAGACGGCCCUGGCUACGGCGAUUACCUUGAUGACAAGGCCAUUGCGGCACUAGGUGUUUUGCAGACAAUUGGCACGCUUAUCCUUACCUUGGAAGCUACACCUGAUGUUCUCCUCCUCCUAGAGACUAUUCUUAUGCCAGUGAUUACUAUCACCUUGGAGAACAAGUUGUACGAUCUCUACAACGAAGUGUUUGAAAUCAUCGACUCGUGCACCUUCGCUUCCAAAUCUAUCUCGGACACCAUGUGGCAAGCGUUUGAGCUAAUGCACAAGACGUUCAAAGACGGUGCUGAAUUGUACCUGGAAGACAUGCUUCCCGCGUUGGACAACUUUGUCUCCUACGGCCAACAACGAUUGAUCAACCACCCUCCAUACCUGGCCGCCAUAGCGGGCAUGGUCAGGGAUAUCUUUGCCGAUCCCAAGGUUGGAGGAGUGGACAGGAUCUGUGGUUGCAAGCUCGCGGAAGCAAUGAUGCUGAACCUUCGAGGUGGCCCCAUUGACAGCUUCAUCCCAACUUUUGUGACUUUGCCAAUGGAAGUCUUGACAGGACCGCAGCAAAAGACGAUCAUGAAGAGCUACAAGAUUCACCUGAUCGAGAUGGUGAUCAAUGCUCUCUAUUACAAUCCAAUUCUGGCACUGCAAGUCCUCGAAGCACAUGGCUGGACCAACAAGUUCUUCUCAACCUGGUUUGGAAGUAUCGAUUCUUUCCGUAGAGUCCACGACAAAAAGCUUUGCAUCGCAGCCAUUGCCUCCCUCCUCACGAUCCGUGCGGACCAGGUCCCUCAAUCUGUUCAGACAGGCUGGCCUCGGUUGCUCACCGGUGCUACAUAUCUCUUCCGCACAUUACCUGCCGCGCUCAAGCAGAGGGAAGAAGCCGUUAAAGCAUCAGACGGCGUGUCCGAUACCCUGUCCGAGUACGCUUCCGAUGACGACGCUGAGGACUGGGCGGAUGAGCCAGCAGGGGAGCAAGGACAAGAAUGGAGCAAUAUUGACACCGAAGCUCUCCCCGAUACCAAGGGUGACAUCAAAGACGAGUCGCAGGCAUACCUUGAUUUCCUUAGCGAGGAAGCUAAGAAGUUUGGGGCUCUUGCCGACGACGAUGAAGAUAGCAUCCUCGAUGAAGACAGUCUUCUUGAGAGCCCUCUAGACAAGUUCGAUCCAUACGGCGCUUUCAAAGAGUCUCUCGGUAAACUUCAAACCGAACAACCGCAACUCUACCAGAGCCUAACCUCGAUCUUGGAGCCUGGAGAUCGAGAGGUCCUGCUUAAUGUGGUCGCCCAUGCUGCACAAGCUCAAGCACAGCAAACGCAAGCGCCUGCUUAG